GGACGUUGACACAAACGGUCCCGAGAGCCGGUAGCUUGGACAGCCGGACUACUAACGCACCGCCCCGUAGACUCCUGGGAGCUCCGGCCCACGAGGGAGUGCGCAGGCGCAGACGCCUGAUCCUUGGCCGGGGGUGAGGAUUCUUCCCUUUUCCAAAAGAAAGGCUCAAAAGAGAAGGUUCAUCUCUUGCAAAUCUCAAAGCCAUGCCUCAGGGAUCAGUGUCAUUCAAGGAUGUGACUGUGGACUUCACCCAGGAGGAGUGGCAGCACCUGGAUCCUGCUCAGAAGGCCCUCUACAGGGAUGUCAUGUUGGAAAACUACUGCCACCUCAUCUCUGUUGGGCUUCACAUGACUAAGCCUGAUAUGAUCCGCAAGUUGGAACAAGGAGAAGAACUAUGGACAACAGAGAGAAUGUUUCCAAGUCAGAGCUACCUUGAAGAAGAUGGAAAAGCUGAAGAUGUUUUAGUGAAGUUCAAAGAAUACCAAGACAGGCACUCUAAAUCAGUCAUAUUCAUUAACCACAAAAGACUAAUUAAAGAAAGAAGUAAUAUUUUUGGGAAAACACUUACUGUAGGCAAGAACCGUAUUAUUUCAAAAACAAUGCUAUGUGAAUAUAAGCCUGAUGGAAAGGUUUUAAAAAAUAUUUCGGAAUUAGUCAGUAGAAAUAUAAGCCCUAUAAGGGAGAAGUUUGGUGAGAGUAAUGGAUGGGAGAAAUCAUUCCUCAAUACUAAAAAUGAAAAAAUGCAUACUACAGUGAAUCUCUAUAAACAAACAGAAAGGAGUCUGAGUGGUAAACAAGAGCUUAUUCAGCAUCAGAAGGUUCAAAUUCAUGAGCAAUCAUUAGAUCAUAAUGAAUGUGAAAAAUCCUUCCUUAUGAAAGGAAUGUUAUUUACACAUACUAGAGCCCACAGAGGAGAAAAACCUAAAUACAAUAAAGAUGGAAUAGCCUUANAUGAAUACAAUAAAGAUGGAAUAACCUUAAUCGAAAAGUCAAAUCUCAGUGCCCAUUCACAAACUCUUAUUGAGAAGAAACCCCAUGCAUACAGCAAAUAUGGGAAGUUCCUCUGCAGAAAGUCUAUUUUUAUUGUGCAUCAGAGAUCUCAAACAGAAGAGAAACCCUUUCAAUGUCCUUACUGUGGGAAUAGCUUUAGAAGGAAGUCAUAUCUCAUUGAACAUCAACGAAUUCACACAGGUGAGAAACCUUAUGUUUGCAAUCAAUGUGGAAAAGCUUUCCGUCAAAAGACAGCCCUCACUCUUCAUGAGAAAACACAUAUAGAGGGGAAGCCCUACAUCUGUAUGGAUUGUGGGAAGUCCUUCCGCCAGAAGGCAACUCUCACUAGACAUCACAAAACACAUACAGGGGAGAAAGCCUAUGAAUGUACUCAGUGUGGAAGUGCUUUUAGAAAGAAGUCAUACCUCAUUGAUCAUCAGAGAACUCACACAGGAGAGAAACCAUAUCAAUGUAAUGAAUGUGGGAAGGCAUUUAUCCAGAAGACAACCCUCACUGUACAUCAGAGAACUCACACAGGAGAGAAACCCUAUAUUUGCGGUGAAUGUGGGAAGUCCUUCUGCCAAAAGACAACCCUCACUCUCCAUCAAAGAAUUCAUACUGGGGAAAAACCCUAUAUUUGUAAUGAAUGUGGAAAGUCCUUCCGCCAGAAGGCAAUCCUCACUGUUCAUCAGAGAAUACAUACAGGAGAGAAAUCCAAUGGAUGUCCUCAGUGUGGGAAAGCCUUUAGUAGGAAAUCAAACCUCAUUCGCCACCAGAAAACUCACACAGGAGAGAAACCAUAUGAAUGUAGAGAAUGUGGGAAGUUCUUCAGUUGUAAGUCAAACCUCAUAGUACAUCAAAAAACUCACAAGGUAGAAACCAUGGGAAUUCAGUAAAGGAUAUGACUUUUUUGGUAAAAGCUUUUGAAGUCAUAGUAAACCCUGUACAUGAUAUAGCUCACAAAUAUAAUAAUAUUCAACCGUUUAAGGUACUAUUCCACAAAUUUACCUACUGUUUGUGAGCCUAUAUAACACACAAAGAAUAACUGGACAAAUGACAAUAGUCGUUGAAAAUACAACCCUAAAUUUUUUAUUAUUAGAUUCAGUAGGCAUAAACUUCCUCUGUCAAGUUUCUACAAACAUUUAAAAUUGCUUAAAAUCUACAAACAUUUAAAAUUUCAAUACAUACCUUUUAUUUUCAAUUUCAAUACAUACCUUGUUGUGACCCAGUCAUAACCAGUUGACCAACUGGUAGUUGUCCAUGGACCACAUUGUGAGCAGAAGUGUUUUAAAAGAAAGGAAGUGUGAACUGUAUUUCUCAUUGCAAAUAUGAAACAAAAAUUAGUUGUUACCUCCUCAAAAUUUACCACAGUUCUGACUUCUAACAUUAUAAAUUUGGUUUUGCAUAUUAUGAACCUUUAUAUAAAUUGGAUUAUACAUCAUGUAUUCUUUUAUAUAUGGCUUGUUUCAUUCAUCAUUAUGUCUGUAAAACUCAUCAUUAGUGCAUGCGGCAGAAAUUCAUUUAUUUCUAUUCUAUAUAGAAUUCCAUCAUAUGAUUAAAUUGCAAUUUAUCCAA